UAUUGCUAUAAAAGCCUCGUCGUCCGGCGAUUAUCAAUCAGUUAGAACUUGAGUCUAAGCAAUCAAAUCACCAUGAAAUUCUUCAUUAUUUUCUUCGCCUUGAUCGUGGCUGUCUUCGCCAACGGAUACGGUGGUAGCCAGGGACGUAGAGAGCAAGGAUUCGGUCAGCAGGGACAUGGCCAGCAAGGCUUCGGCCAGCAGGGACAUGGCCAGCAAGGAUUCGGCCAGGGCGGCCAUGGCGGACAGGGCGGCCAGCAAGGUUUCGGCGGUCAUGGUCAGCAAGGACACGGCCAGCAAGGUUUCGGUGGUCAUGGUCAGCAAGGACACGGCCAGGGCGGACAUGGCGGACGUUAUUAAACAAUAUUGAUUAAAAAAAUACAAAAAACACACAA